UGCAAGUAACAUUUUCGAAUCCACGCCUCCUGCCCCACAUACCCUCUGCCAUGGCUGCCCAGAAGCGCUCCGCUGUCGAGAAGGCCGCCGCCGCGAACGCCGCCGCCGCCGACGCCGAGCGGCCCAUUGACCAGUUUGACCGCGAGUUUCAAAAGUACAACAACAAGCACAAUGCGCUGUCGAGCACCGCGCUCGCGCUCGCGCGCACCGAGCUCUCCAAGAACCGCGCGCUCUUGUGGCAAGACGACAAGCUCCUCAAGGAGAAGAAGGAAGGCUCGCUGACCAAGGAGCGCCGCGCGUACCUCGAGAAGCGCUGCACCGACCUCGAGACGGCGCUCGACAAGUACCACCACGCUGUCGCGUCGUCCAACUACACGCGCGCGGGCCUUUCGUUCGUCGGCCUCCUCCUCUUCCUCGUGCUCAUGUACUUUCUCAACCAAAAGGUCCCGAUGUUUUGAUCGCAAAAACAGUGGAAAAGCCUCGAUAGAAGAUAGCGCCUUAGGUUUACACAGAAUAGAGAAUCCAAUUGCACGACAAUAUCCAGUCUGACGAUUACUGCAGCGCGGGGAUCCCCACGCUCACGUUGUGCACGACCACGCCGCGGUCCGAG